AUGAUUGUUAGCCUGUUGUAUUACGCGCUCUACCCACUAUCACGGUACGUGACAAGUCGACAUUGGGAGGGCUCGAAGAAGGGUCUCCCUCCUGCAGAGGUUAAUGGCAAGGCAGUGUGGGAUGGUGGUGCUGCUGUCACAACCAGAAGGUUCACCCAGUGUCAGACGACCCUGCUGGACCGGGGGCUCAGCCCGAGCAGUGGGACGAAGGGAGAGACGAAAGAAAGUAUGAAGGAACCAAGCCCAGAAAAGGAAGAUGAUGCAAGUGCUGUCGCAGAUGAAGAACAGCGUGUGGCUGUCCCGCAUGAAGAAACAAAGAAUGGGGCUGCUUCGACGAUGAGUGAGCUGGAAUCUACAUUGACGGAGAAAGAAGCAGAGAGAAGAAAUGGACUGCUGCAGGACAGAGUUGAAGCUCCCAAGCAAAAGGUCAGGGAAAUAACUAUUCACCUUGUGACGCAAAAUACAGAGGAAGGAAUUAUUUCUCCAACUGGGGACAUUGGUCCAGAAAAAGCUCUUGGGCCACAAUUGGAGUGCCUGCAAAAGGAGGACAAAGCUCAAGAAACCACCAGUUCAGUGCAGGAAAAAAUAAAGAUACCAAGCGCAGAAGAGUCGAUGACUCCAGCUAAAACUGCAUCUGAGGUAACCGAGUGCUGGGAUGAAUAUGUGUCUCCGACUGCUGAUGAAAUGCAUGGUGAGGUGCUGUCAUUUUCCUGCCUUCCCUCUAACACUCAAAGCUGCCUUAAACUCAGUGGGCAGCAGGAUACACAAGCUAGCUGGCACUUUCCUGCAGGACCUGGCCUGGCAGAAGAGGUGCAGUGCCCACUGUGGCAAUUUCCUGCCGUGAGCUAUUACCCUCCAAUGGAGCCGACCGUUCCAUUUGAAGUCAUGUGGAGAGUAUGGGAGGAGAUGGCUGAGAGUGCCACUGCAGCAGAGCCCUUACCGUUUACCAAGGCCUCGAUGGACUUCACUGUUAUGUCCUACAACAUCCUUGCUCAGGACUUACUAGAGGCCAAUCCGGAGCUGUACACACACUGCCCCCUGGAGGUGCUCGACUGGAACUGCCGCUGCAGCCUACUCCUAGAGGAAGUACAGAAAUGGGAACCAGAUAUUCUGUGUCUCCAAGAAGUUCAGGAGAACCACUACCAUGAACAACUGUAUCCAGUCCUGUCUCUUAUGGGCUACACCUGCGUGUUCAAGCGGCGUACGGGAACUAAGACAGACGGCUGUGCUACGUGCUAUCGUAGAAGUUGCUUCUCCGAGUUAUCAGUCACCACGCUGGAAUUCUUUAGGCCUGAGAUAGAGCUGCUGGACCGGCACAAUGUGGCCAUUGUUUUGUUGCUUCAGCCAGUGGUCAUCCAGGGGUCGGAGGCCAAGGCAAAGGGCCCAUCCUUGUGUGUUGCCAACACCCACCUGCUCUUCAACCCCAGGAGGGGGGAUGUGAAGCUGGCUCAGCUAGCCAUAAUGAUGGCAGAAAUUGACAGCCUCGUAAAAUCCUGUAAAGCCAAAGGUGAAGACUGUAACCUUAUAUUGUGUGGGGACUUUAACUCUGUCCCCCGAAUGCCUCUUUACCAACUGAUUACCACCGGCGAGCUCUACUUCCAGGGUCUGCCAGCAUGGAUGGUGAGACUUAAACACCGCAAAGAAUUACCAAGUAUAAUUCCCAGAAAAUAUCUCCAUGCUUCUCCCACACUUGUUUGGAAUAGUUGUAUCACUUUUUUGGGGGCGAGAGAUGGGUUUAUCCAUGUUUGCAGGAUUUCCCUCUUUAACCAUGUAUGUAUUCACCAUGUCCAACAGAUAUCGGGUCAAGAGGACCUGUCACAAAAUACCCAUUGUCACAGACUGUAUGCCCCCCUGUGGCCCAGCUCACUAGGAAUCACUGACAGCUGCCAGUACUUGACAGUUAAGGAUAUGUUGAAGAGUCAGAAAUCAGGAAAAUAUCAGUACAGCCAUGACUUCAUCCAGCAGCUGCGCUUCUGUCCAGCUGCAUGUGUCCGUCCUGCGGACUUGGAGACGAUCCCAGGUGUGACACACAACACACCAGAUGCUUCAAGGGUAAAUCAAUCUUAUGAUAAAAGGUUCAGACACACCAUCAGUCAUCAGUUAGACCUGGAGUCGGUCUACAAACACAUUCUUCCAGGCUUUGGCAAUCCAGAAGUCACGACCCUGCACUCUGAAGGGGGAGCUACUGUCGACUACAUCUUCUACACCCCAAGACGCAUCUUAACCUGUGAUCCAAACGCUGGUGACUUUGUGAGUGUAGGUCUGAAGCUGAUUGGUUUGCUCUCCCUCCUAUCGGAGGAUGUCUUAUGGUCAAUGAGGGGCCUGCCCAAUCACAUAUUCCCCUCCGACCAUCUCAGUCUUUUGGCCAAGUUCCAGCUGGACCUGAAUGCUGCAUGAUAGGAAAGACUGGGUGAACUCAGUGAUGUCAGAAGAUGAGCAUGUUUCCGUUUAAAUAGUUAAGGAGUUCUGCUAGUUUGUGUUUUUGUCGGUAUGAAUAACAUAACUGUUAUAGUUCACUCCUUUCAUCAAUGGAUCAUAGUUUUCCAACUGAAUGGAAGUGAUAUUUUUGUUUAAAAGAGACAGACAAGUUAAAGGAUGCCCAUGUUUCACAUGGUUUUCAUCAGAUAAAUGAUGCAGUUCUAUGACAAAUCUUAAUCGUGUAAUAUUUCUUUAAAAAAAUGCAGGCAGUGAUUGCUUUAAUUCCUGGUGUGAUAACACACUGACCUGUUCAGCUGCUCUUUCGCUUUUUAAUUGAUU